UGUUUGCAAGUGAAAAUGAAUCUGCUCAUGGAUAGCAUGCCGUCGCACGCGAAUCCUGGCCAGCGUCGCUCCACGCCGCCUCAGCACGCCGAGCUCAGGAUCUCCACAUCGCCGCAACAGUCACCGCCGCCGAAUCCCAUGGCUAAUCACAAUAACAACAAUGAGACUGCCACAUCGCCAGCCGGUGGCAAGACCACUCUGAAGCGCGCCUUCGAUGUGGCCUUCCUCAUGAUGCCCGACGAGCGGAUCAAGCAAAAGCAGGCCGAGAAGCAGGCUCGCCUCCAGGAGGCACUGCACCACCAUCAUCACCACCACCAACAGCAGCAGCAGAUGAGCCACUAUCCCACAGAUUUGUCUCCUCGAGGAGCCACCUCGCAACCACCUUCGCCGGCGGCAUUGGAGUACAUCAGUCUGCUGGAGGCACGCCAGCGGUAUCCACAGAUCAGCAUUCGCUCGCCGCGGGUCUAUGAUGAUCCCAGUGUGGUCAUCCCACUGGUGGACUCGCCAGAGGCACCGUCAACCUCGUCACCACCACCGCCCAUGCGCAGCGCUUUCACCAAGGUGGCCUCCUCGUCGCUGUCCACCGCAUCCUCCUCGCCGUCGACCACGUCACGUUUGGAGUCACCCGUGGAUGUGGGCGCACCGCCCUUGAGUCCCGAUCAGCUGAGCUGUCACUCGAUAAGUCCGCCCUUGGUGACACCGCCACCCAGAACCAAUAGCGGUGGCCAGAAUCCAAAUCCCCUGCCAGCCAAUCCCAUUGUGUACCACAACUUCCGACCGGAGUAUCAGUUCAACGGCGCCUUCCAGGCGGUGAAUCCGAUGCAGGCUCUGCAGGCACAGCAGCGUCUCAAGCAGCAGUUGCUGUACACCCGUCCACCGGGACCGGCCAAUCCCAAUGCCGGAGGAGGUGCCUCUAUGCAGGGCAACUCACCGCCAGGACCGCCGUCGGAGUUUCUGCAUGCCUAUCCCGGAUUUGCGCCGCCACCACAUCCAUUUGCGGUCUCCCAACCGCUCCAGAAUCCCGCUGCCGCGGCCAUUCUCUCCACGCUGAUUCCACCCACUUUGGCAUCCACUUUCACGCUGACCGCCCAGAAUGUGUGCGCCAAGUGCAACAUCAGUUUCCGGAUGACCAGCGAUCUGGUGUACCACAUGCGAUCGCAUCACAAGAGCGAGGUGGCCUGCGAUCCAAAUCGACGGAAGCGGGAGGAGAAACUCCGAUGUCCCGUCUGCCAGGAGACUUUCCGCGAGCGACACCAUCUCACGCGACACAUGACCGCGCACCAGGACAAGGCCAGUGACCACCAGCCGCAGCUGGAUGACUCAUCCUCCUCGGCCGGUGACAACGAGAUCAUCAACGUGGUCGGCGGCACACCGCCAGGUCGCCGAAUGGGUGGCAUGCCCAAAUGA